AUGUACGUUCGUCCUUUUCCCCCAACCCCACUCGCACCCACUCCGCUUACUCUCCCCGUCUCCACUUACCCCCCUCUCUCCCCCUUUCCCUCCCUCACCCCCGCACGCCCGUGCGUCCCUCACACACCCAUCUCAGGAGGACAAGGCUGCUUGGAGCUCAUGAGCUUGGAGCUGAUGGAGGUCUUAGAGAGGAUGGGCGAGCGCGUGGCGGCGAUGGGGCUCAAGUGCGGGGAGAGGCGGCUGCACCAGCUGGCGAACGUGUUUGGGGAGAUGCGGCACCCCGAAACCGUCUUCUCCCACUUCAGACUCGACGCGCACGAGCAGGAGACGCUCUUCUGCUUCAUGCAGGAGGAGGUGGAGAAGCUGGGGGACGUGCGCAGUUCCAUGGAGCGACUCAACACUCUGCGCUCGUUGCUCAGGAAGAAGAAGCCUGCACCGGCCACUAGUCUUCUGUCUGAGCUGCAGGCCGCCUCAGCUGACGCCCUGGGCGAUGGCGAGGGCAAGGAGGAGUCAGAGAAGGAGGGAGACUCGUCCGCGUGGAUGCCUCGCUGCGACCUGCCAGGAGCAGAGGAGAUUCUCAAACUGACGGCAACGAUAUCAGAGCUGCAGAGCCGGUGCCUGUGGUCUGUUGAGCUGGACCAUGUUGUGCGGCUGUUGGUGCUGGCGAUCAUCCUCCUGAGGGACAGAAUCAUAUCAGUCUUUGCCAUCAACGCGCGCUCCUCCGACGCCUUGACUCGCGAGGGCUCCCUGGGCCGCGCUGGGCUGGCGCUGCGCUACGCCAAGGUCAUUAAUCUGGCAGAGAAGCUCAUGAAGUACCCGUUCAUGGCUGCUGGCAGCACACGAGACGAGCUGGACGAGCUGUACGGCCUCCUGACCUACAGCACCAAGAAGGACCUCGCCCUGCGGCUAUCCCAUCCCAGCUUUAGCGUCGCUGCUUGUUUCCCCUCCUGCUUUUCUUACUCUUGUGUCUCCCCAUCCAGAGACGAGCUGUACGGCCUCCUGACUUACAGCACCAAGAAAGACCUCGCUUUGCGGCUCUCCCGGCCUGUUACCUCCUCCAAGAGCAAAGACCCCAAGGCAGAAGAAACCGCCGACACGCAAACAGGGAAGGGCGCUGGCAAGAAAGGGGAAAAGAAGAAGGAUGGAGAUGAGGAUGAGGAGGAUGACGAUGAUGAUGAUGAUGAUGAUGAUGGGUUUACAUGGUUAAAGAAACCUAGUCCGUUAAAUGACCCGCGCGGUCUGGGUGGGAAAGGAGGAGCGGGGAAGGACGGGGAGGAGGAGGACGACGAAGAUAUGGAGGAGUGGGAGAGGCGGAUGCGGAAAUCGUUGAGUCUGCUGCCUCUGCUGGCGCAGCACACGAUUGCAUGGAACGAUGCCAUCACUGUGAAGCCGUCGUCGAACCGCAAGGCCACUCGCCUGCUGAGAGUUCAGGCUGUCUUUGAAGCUUCUCUCCUCGACGCCCUGGUCUCGAGGGGCGCACUUCAACACUGCACACCCAUCCACCCACCCAACAUCCGCAUCCGUUUCCCCUCCGCCCCUUUCCCCCCCCUCCAGACACUGUACCAUGCACAGAAGGCAGUGAUCGAUGCCUCUCUCCUCGACGCCCUGGAGGGCUUGUCUCGCCUCGUUGCCUCUGAUGCCUCCAACCUCACACAGCUCAACUCCUGCAAGAUGGAAGCCAUGGCUGCUCUGGCACCCCGUCAAGGACUCACUACCCAUACAUCCGGUCUCCCCUUUCCCCUACUCCCCUCUCCCUGCCCCCCUCUCCUCCCCCCCCCCCAGACGUUGUACCACGCGCAGAAGGCAGUGAUUGAUGCAUCCCUCCUGGACGCCCUGGAAGGGGUAUCCCGCCUCGUCGCCUCCGAUGCCUCCAACCUCACGCAGCUCAACUCCCGCAAGAUGGAGGCCAUGGCUGCUGAGGCCCGGAAAAAGCUCGACAAAACCUCCGCAGAUUCCAAGAAGCCCCGCGCGGUCAUGAUAUCGGGGAUCUUCAAGCCCAAGCGAGCAGCCGCAGGGAUCGUGCACGGCGCGCCGCUGCCUAUGGUGUUUGAGCCGGCGACUGAGGUGGGGAAGGUGACGGAGAAGGGGAAAGCACCGGAGCUGUCGCCGAGGGCUGCUGUGCCUCUGUCUCCCACUGGGGCGUCUGCUGCUGAGCCUGCUGCGAGUUUUCUGGUGAAAUCUGGGUCGGUUUCAGCUCCCAGGUCGGUCUCUCCUGUUUCUGCUGCUGCUGCUGCUGCUGCUGGUGCGGCCUCUGCCCGGACAAGGUUUCCCACGUCGGCAUCUGUUUCUGUUGCUGGUGCUUCUGCUGGUGCCUACAGGUCAUCUGACUUGACUCUGAAAACCCCCCGGCCUCUCCCUGCACUACCAGCAGCACCUGCGUCCGGCCCAGGCCAAACCACAGCUCCGCUCCCCCCCUCUCUCCUCGCUCAAUCUCUGCUCUCCACCUCAUCCCUACCAUCCUCUCAGUUAGCUUCACUCGAACCCAUUCCUCCUCUGUCUCCUCCCCCUUCUGAGACUCUCUCCACCCCACCUGAUGCCCUCGGCUCACCCAAAAGCCCUCUGAAACCGCGCCCUCCCUCACAGCCGCCCGUGCGCCCCCCUUUCCGUGGCUCUGCUGCUAAUAGCGUAGACUUAACUGGGGGAGGUGACAACCCGAGAUCUCCCAGGGGGUUUGUUCGGGCUGGGGCCGAGGCAACAGGGGGUUCAGCAGGGGCUGGGGGAGAGACGGGGGCUGGGUAUGCGGAUGGGCCGCCUAGAUCGCCCCGUGCUUAUGUGCGUUUUGCUGAUGCUCCUGCUGGUUUGGGCGGUGAGACCAGCAGCAGCGGCAGCAGCAGUGGUAGCGGCAGUGGGGACAGAGAAGAAGCAGCAGCACCUGGAGCCGCUGCAGCAGUGGCAGCGGCAGGGGGUUUCAGGGAAGGUGGAACUAGGGACGGCUCAUCUAGCCCAGCAUCACCCCACGGCCUUUCUAGACUCAGCCCUAGCACCCCCCCCAACAGCAACGCCACAGACAGCAGCCAUGCCAACCGCUCUGUGAGCCCUCUCGGCCAAUCACAUCGCUCCACGCCCUCCAUUACAAUCAUACCACCGUCUCACAGCCGAGUGUCAUCCACGUUCCGAGCGCCCGUGCCCCCCGCCCUCCUGUCGCCCACCUGUGUGAUCUACGAUGCCACUCCCAAGUCCCCGGCGCCUGUGGCGAGCUUGCAGCGGCUGAAUGCAAGGAAGGAGACGCGGGACGAGCCGUUUGUCACCACGGAGGGGCUGCUGGCACAGGCACAGGCAGAGGCCCUGAAAGCUCAGGCACAGGCACAGGCCGAGGCACAGGCUGAGGCAGAGGCAGAGGCCCUGAAAGCACAGGCAUUGAACGCACAAGCCAUGCACACACAGGCAGAGGUUGUGAAAGCACACGCCUUGAAAGCUCAGGCCCUGAAAGCACAAGCACGGGCUGUGAAAGCACAGGAAGAGGCAGAAGCAGAUGUGCAGGCACAGGCGGUUGCACGGCUGCAGGCUCAGGUGUCGUUUUCUUUGGACAGGUCUAUCGGCCAAGGAAGCCGGUCUGCUUUGUCUGAAUCUCCCAAGACUCCUCCCACCACCGCUCCUGCUUCUGCUUCUGCUUCUUCGCACCUCCCUCUCUCCCCCUCGCCCUCCUCCCCACUUCCCGUUUUCCAACCCACCUCCUCGUCAAGCCCUCGCCCCUCCACUGCUCCCUCUUCCUCCUCUCGCCCCACCACCCCCUCAUCCCGCCCCACCACCCCCUCCUCCCGCCCCAUCACCCCUCCCUUAAAAACCUCUCUGCCCUUCCUGCUAGGCACCUCCUCUCGCCCCACCACGCCUCCCAUGCUCGGCUCUUCCUCCAGUGUCUCCUCUGGAUCUGUCAUGUCCAGCCGCCCUUCCGAUGCCGUCACGUGUGAGUGCCGCACCGGGCUGGGGUUGCGGAGAGACAGGCUUCGGAACGUGUGGAUCGAGAGGGAUGAUGACGAUGAGGAGUGGGACGGGGAGCGGGACAGGGAGGGGGACGGGCGAAGCCUGAGGGAUGGGGCGGGGGGCGGGGCAACUCCCCCUAGGUCGAGGGGGAAUUCGCUGAGUCGGAGCAUUGGAGGGGCACUGCGGGUGCUGCAGCGGGGAAUGAGCGAGCAGGAGAGGGGCAGGCAUAGUAGCUUGAGGGGAAGUAAUUUGAGUAUGAGCAGCGGGAGUGGGGCUGGGAGUUUUGGCGGGCGGGGGAGUUUGAGAGGAGGGCAAGGGAGUGGCCUUGGUGGUGGUGGCAGAGAUGGUGGUGGUGGUGGCGGUGGCGAGGGUGGUAGUGGUGCUGGUGUUAGCAGUGGUACUGGUGGUGGCAGCAGUGGUGCUGCUGCUGCUGCUGCUGCUAGUGGUGCAGCUACUGCUGCCAUCGCUGCUGCUGUUGCUGGCCCUAGUGGUGGUUCUGGUGGUCCUGCUGCCGGUAAAGCUGCUAGUGGGUUUCGUAACAAAAGUGUAACCGGCGAGGGUAGUAUACGGAGUGGGGGAAGGAAUAGUGUGGGCGGCGGGGAGAGUAGCGGAGGUGGAAUCUAUGGCGUUGGAAGCACGGGUGGGGGAAGCACAUACAGUGCUACAAGUAGCAACAUAAAUUAUAAUUCCAGCGGUGGUAGCGUCAGUGGGAGCGCAGACAGUAGAAUUCCGUUUGGGUUUGAAAGGCCGUUGCCAGUGGUGAAGCGGCCAAGUAGCAGUGGAGGCAGGAGGCCAGCAAGUAGUGGUGGUAGAAAUGGUGAGGCUUUGGCAAAGGCUUCUCCCAAAGAGACUGGUGGCAGUGACGGCGACGAGCCGGAGCUUCAGCGAGCGUCCACUAGAGGCUAG